AUGUCGCUGGAGAAGGAAAUAAAAAGCUUGAACAUUUUGAAUGAAGCGAGUGAAGACGAUUCUGAUUCCGAGAGUAAUUUGGUUCCACUAUUCGCAGAAGAUGAGAAAAAUGAAGGUGAUGAUUUCUUUGCUCUAUCAGCUGACUUUCUACAUUUCCAGAGCUCUGCUGAAACAACGCUGUGUAAUUUCAGGAGGGAAUGGAAAUCCGAAUUGGAUUCUCAGUACAAGGAAUCAAAUACGAUAUCAGUGGAAAUUAGAAGCAGGCAUGACCAGCUGCUGCACGAUGCUGCAACAAAGCUAUUCCUGGAAGGUGUGGACUGCGAGAGACGAGGCGAUAUGUGGGAAGCAGUUCGGAGAUAUAUGGGCGCUGUGCGUAUGGUUCCCGAUAUUGAAUCGAAAUUGUACAAAGAUCGUAGUUCAUCGAACUCGAUGAGAUCUAAAGACCUCCAGCGUUCUCGUUCAAGAUCUCAUUGUGGUUUUCAUGAUUUAGAAAAGAUUCUUCAUAAACGACUUGUUGAUAGAGGGAGAUUUUUUGAACCUGAAUUCCCAGAUGAGCUUUGCCCUAUGGCGCUUUUACCUGUGGAACUGCUUUCCAUACUGAUGCGAUAUAUUGUUGGGAGCGAGCUUGACGUGCACUGCCUGGAAUUGUUGUCGAUCACUUCAGCUGGAUUCUAUCUCCUUGCACGUGACGCAGAACUGUGGCAUACAAUUUGCCGUUCGACUUUUGGCGCAAAAUAUAUCAAUUCCAUGUCAUGCGCCACACUAGUCAGCUGGCGUCAAAUGUAUGUGGCAUGCCCACAUCCUUAUCUUCACGGAGUUUAUAUUGGGAAAAUGACAUAUCUACGUAAUGGAGAAGCAUCAUUUCAGGACCAAUUCUAUAGGCCUUGGCAUAUAGUUGUUUAUUAUCGGAUGCUGAAAUUUUUUGCAGACGGUACAGUGAUCAUGAUUAUCACAUCUGAAGCGCCGGCACAAAUUGUGGGACUUUUAAAAUCAAAAACCCCUCGUUUAGCGGGAGUUCUUUUUGGUCAUUAUUGGAUGCUGGGUCAAGACCGUAUAGCAGCACAGUUUCACGGCCGUAAUGAAAAAUCGCUGCAGCGAACACGACGCACCCAAAGAUCAUCUAACCAGUUCGUGCCCUAUGAAAUAGUGGAUCAAAAAUUCGAUAUGAAAUUACAUUUUGGAGAUGGAAAGAAACGACGAGCUCAUUGCGUAUUACAAAUUUUUGAAUAUAAUUGUGCAAUAACUUAUUUGGACGGUAAAGUAUCUCACAGUUGUCUGGAUACUACUGAUCGUCAGGCAUAUCCACCACUGUUUUUCAGCCGGGUGAAAAGCUAUGCUGUUCCCGAAGGAUAUGAUGAAAUUUUAGCUUAA